UGGAGUGCCAGCAGCCAUGAAGCUUCGCCUGCACUUUGUGGUGGACCCCAUGGGCUGGCUGUGUGUCAGCAUGGUGUUUGGGAUCUGGCUCUACAACACUUUCUUCAUCCCCAAACUGGUUCUGCUUCCGCACUACAACGAGGGACACAUCCCAUGGGCCAUAGUAGUUUGUUAUUACAUCGCGUCGACGCUCUGCAUCGCGGCCCUGUUGAGAGCUUCCACAGCAGAUCCCGGCCGUCUUCCUGUGGACCCCCAUAUACCUCACGCUGAGCGAGAGCACUGGGAGUUGUGCAAUAAGUGCAACUUAAUGAGACCCAAACGGUCCCACCACUGCAGUCGUUGUGGCCAUUGUGUACGCAGAAUGGACCAUCACUGUCCUUGGAUCAAUAACUGUGUGGGAGAAGACAACCACUGGCUCUUCCUGCAGCUCUGUUUCUACACUCAGGUCCUCAGUUUGUUCACUUUGGUGCUGGACUUCUGCCAGUACUAUUACUUUCAGCCACUUACAGGACAAGACCAGGAGAAGUUUACAACGCGCCAUGAACUGGCUCUGCUGCGAGUCUCAGCGCUCAUGGGUUUGGUCAUGUUUGGAGGCAUGACCAGCAUGUUUUACACUCAGUUGACAGGCAUCCUCUCUGACACUACCACCAUCGAGAAAAUGGCCCAGUUCUCAAAUGAAAUAUAUGGCUCAAAGAAAUCUUGGCAGCGGGCGCUAGCGGAAGUUUGCGGCACUCGCUGGAAACUCCUGUGGCUCAUCCCGCUCCGAAGCAGACAGCCCAUCCAAGCCGGCCACCACUUCCGCACCCACGUGUAGGCCGGCAGCGCUACAGCACCACCUGUUCGCACAGACAGGAGGGGGCUGGCUGCCGUGAUGAAACACUCGAUGCACACUUUGGAAUCCAUCUGCUCGCCUUCACCGUCCUCUUUUGUGCUACGAGAGCUGGGCAGCAGUCUUUGUCUCCGGAAACUCUAAGAAUUUAAAAUUUUUUGUUUUGCCUUUCUCUACAAGGCCCAGACUGGCAGCAAACAGGGUGAAGAAACAAGGGGAGUGAUGGGGGGAAUUGUUGCUUUUUUUUUACUCACUGUGACUGCUACUUUAAACAUUUGGAAACCACUUUUAAUGGUUAAUUGCAUCAGAAGGAUAGAAGUCUUUACCUGGAAGCAGCUGGCGAAAGGGACCCCUCUCAGGUUACUUUAACAAAGAGCCUUUACUACUGACCUUUAAUCAGCUACAGGCAGAACCAGUGUGUCUAUUAGGAAGGCCGUUUUUUUUGUAUAAGGUUUGUGCCUUGUUUCUUUUACUGUCACUGUGUCGGUUUUAUUUGUCAUGCAUGCGCAGUGUAUUCGUUUUUAUGAUUUCUUCCGGUUGGGGUGAUCCUCCAGCUCUCUUGCGAAGUGAUCCGGCGUCAACUGCGCUCCUGUUGUCAUUUGAAGAUUCAUGAAUGUUUUUUCCUGCAUUGUUCUAUGAACCUUUUAUCUAUGAAGAGAUUGUUUUAUCAAGCAUGGCCACAGAACAAAGUGCACAGCUUGAAUACUGAUAUGUGACACUUUUACGACACACGUGACCGGGGCCGGCUAUGAAGCAGAGCAGAGAGUAACACUUCACCAAGUGUGUGCUGUCAAUAUUAGGCUGUACAUGUCGUAGACAAAACCUGCUGUAUAAUCGAGUCGUUUCUCUGAGCAUAACAAACAUUCCACGGCCAAUUGAUACCAUGACCUCAUCGUGUGAGUGUCACAUACUAUCAAAGAUAUUAAGAGAGCUUAAAUUACUCUGGUUAUCUUUAAAGCGUUUGACGUUUUGGGAUUUAUACACGAGAAGGUCGAGACUCUUGUGCCGGCAAAGAGGUAUCGAGUUAUUCAUUUAACUCUCUGCAAGAAAGCAAAUACCCCGUAACUCCAAAAAUGUGUAACUGUUCCUUUAAAUCGAGUCUGUUUAGCUUGUCCGCUCCGUCAACCAUAGCACUUACAAUGCAACGGUCGCACAUUACCACUAACACGUCUAUUGUGCAAUAUCAUAUGUGAUCUUUUAGUGCUGCAGCUGUCACAGUUAGGUCUUAAAUGUGUCCGAGCCAGUGGCUUUAUAAGCGCAUAUCUUUAUCAGUAAAAAACUAGCGGUUUAGUAUGUGAUGGCAUACAGCUGGUCGACACUUGACACUGAUUUAUUUAUGAUGGGUUUGCUGUUACGCUAUGGUACAGUUUUAGAGGUUUUUAAUGAAUUCUUUCACAGGAUACUUAAGUAGAAGAUGAUUCAGUGCAUAAUAAUACUGGCAUAGCAUGGUUGUCACUGUCUUUAACACUUGGCAAUCGCAUAGAUAAACCUGUAUGUAAACCAAGCUUGCCAUAUGUGGGAAAUAUAACAAUAUCCAAGUAGUUUUAAGUGCCUUUCUAGGUCUUCUUACUCUCACCGUACAUCGUCGUCAUCAUGUUGCGUCUCCAUAAAAGCCAAAGACCUGGGGAAAUGUUGCAAUAGUCAGCAGGCGGUCAGUAAAUGCAUGUUUCACCAACUUUGUGAAGGUAGCAGUUUUAAUAUUAUGCACUGAUUUUCACACUUAGCACACAGUCUGUUUUGCUGCAUCGAUGGUACUUGUGAGAGAAAGUCUCCACUUAAAGUUGUCAUGUUUUACGUGUAAAUUCUCUUUCGUUCGUAUCUGAAAUUGGGAUUGUUCGGAUUUUGCAUGAGUGUGUGUUGGUAACUUUGCUCAGUGGUUUUUAUAACAGAUUCAGGGUUCUUGGAUGUUUGUGUGAUUUCUUUUGGUUUGGUGGUGGGAUGAUGUGUGUGAAUGGCAUUAAAUAAGGGGGAUGGAUCACAUUCAGUUUCUUUGACAAGUACUUUUUGAAAGCAAUAAGCAUUGUGUAGAAGUAAAGCCAUCUGUAUUGUUACAGCAGUAGUGAAAAACACGUGAUUAUUGUGAAGUAAACUGGGUUUAAAAAAGUUUCACUUAUUACUCACUAACCAGGGAUUACCAGAUUUAAACACGGCGUCUGUACCAGUAACCUCAGCCAAGAUUAACACUACUGUAGCUGCUGUGUAUAGUUUUACAUUAUAUCCUCCUAUUACACCUGAUGUUGUUAGUAAUUCGAAUGCUGCAGGAGACUUUCAGAGGGGCUGCGCACCGCUCACUCUCUUCCCCUCACAGCUGUUAACUGGCGUCCCACAGGGCUCUCAGUUUGGACCUGUGUAGUUUGGUUCACAUUGUUCAUUUGCUCUUUUCAGAAUGUGUUUUCAAAUUAUUUUUUUUCCGUUCAGACCUCAAACUCUGGAACCGUUAAGUUUUGGGGAAUUAAAGGAAUACACCAUCAAUAAUGUUAUCCAUUUCUUUAUGUCCAGAAAGCCUAUGAAAUGUGAGAAAACUAUUCAUUGUGAUUAUAUAAUGAAUACAAACAUCAUAUAUUAGGUAUUCAUAUUCUAAUAAAUUAGAUUCGGGAUACGUUUGAGCUGAUUCUUUUCUCCUUUCUUCUACUUGAUGUGUAGCAGCCUACAUUUGGGCUGCAGCUGAAGCUUUUAUUUUAAUGGAAAUAAGGAUAUAAACUAGUAAACAUGAUGUCAGUAUUUUCAGAAACAGAUGGAGACCUUGGCUCUGAAACUAGCCCCAUACCCAACAUUACAUCUUUUGAUAUGACUACAAAAUUGUUGUCCGC